AUGGCACUUUCGACUUUGGAGAAGAAAAGGCAGGAAAAUAUCAGAAGGAAUAAAGAGCUAUUGUCGAAAUUAGACCUCGAUGCUAUUUCCAGCGGUAUUUCUCGUGACAUUGAAAAGUCAAAUUCUCCUCAACCUAUCAGAAAGAGAAAAGUUGUAAAGCCAAAAGCCGAAGCAAAGAGAAAAGAGGUUGAGCCAUCAAGAAGGUCACGGCGCCUUGCUGGUAUCCAAUCAGAACUAGAGAACCCCGAGGAGGCAGCAAGGGUACGAGAGGAAGAGGAAGAAAAGGAACGCCGAAAGAGAGAAUAUGAAGCAUUGAAGAGAACCAAACUUUUUGGAGAUUUCCAUUUGAUCGAUUUGAUUACCGAUCGUAAAAGUGGCGACAUGUUGUUUGAAGAUAAAGUGAGGAGUAAUAAGCACCAAGAUGAAGAGAAAAAGGUUGACAAGGAUGUGCUCACGCAAGAAAAUGGAACAUUGCAAUUGCUCCAAUCACUUGGAGGCAAGUUCUCUGCUGGUGACUUUUACGAGCAGAUCAAGCAAACCGGCGUGAAUGAAGACGCUUCGAUUGCGUCCAAAAGAAAAGAGUUCGAUUCGAAACGUAUUUUCCAGAGAUUUGAUCCCUUGGAUGUCAAGUUGGCUCAUUAUAGAAUUACUGCCAUGAUGUUUCACCCUGCCACCACGGAUCGUGUAAUUGCCGCUGGUGACACCAACGGUAACUUGGGAAUUUGGGCGCCAGACGCUUCAGGUUCAGAAGAUCCUACAACUACAAUUAUACGCCCACAUGGAAAGAAUGUUUCCAAAGUAUUAACCCCUGCAAACGAGUUGCAUAAAUUGUACUCGGCGUCCUACGAUGGCAGCGUUAGGUCACUUGAUUUGAACAAAUUGUCAACGUCAGAAGCCAUUUAUUUGAGUGAUGAAGGCUCCUCUUUGGGCGUCAGCGACCUCAACCUAACGCGCAAUGACCCCAGUUUAAUGUUCAUGACCACACUUGAUGGUUUAUUCUGCAAACACGAUAUCCGAACGAAACCAAAAGGUAGUAUCGAGUACCUUCGAUUGCAUGAUAAGAAAAUUGGUGGUUUCGCUAUUAAUCCAAACAAUUCCUACCAAAUCGCUACAGCUUCGUUGGAUAGAACACUCCGAAUCUGGGAUUUGAGAAAGAUUGGACAGCUGGUGUAUUCUGAAUUUGACGACUGGAAAAGUCCUCACAUGUACGGCAACUACAACUCUCGCUUAUCUGUGUCCUGUAUUGAUUGGAACGUUGACAACCAUUUGGUGUGUAAUGGUUACGAUGAUCAGAUAUGCAUAUUUAACUACAACGAAGAUCCUAAAAUCACCAGCUGGAAGUCCGACUACAUGCCCGAUUACAAGGCUAUCAAAAGGGAAAACUCCGAAGAGAUCACUUUACCAAACAAUCUCCAUCCUGUAAACAAAAUCAGACACAACUGCCAAACAGGACGUUGGGUCUCAAUAUUGAAAUCCAGAUGGCAAGAAAAUCCACAAGAUGGCAUGCAAAAGUUUAUAAUUGCAAACAUGAAUCGUGGCAUGGACGUUUACGACCAAAAGGGAAAUAUAUUGGCCCAUUUGAACGACCAAAUUGGUGCUGUUCCCGCCGUUUGCACCUUACAUCCUACGCAAAACUGGGCCGUUGGAGGAAGUGCCAGUGGAAAAAUCUACUUGAUAGAGUAA